AUGUUCGUCCUCGCUUCCGCUGCAGCUUCGAGCCUUCUGCUCGCAAUUUCUGUCUCUGCUGCCCCCAAGUCGCUUGUUGCUCCUCAAGGCGCCGAGGUACUCACUGUCGCUGUCUUUGGUGACUAUGGCUGGACCGGUUGGAUCCCCGCUCCGGAUCACUUCUGUCUCGAGGUGAUGGCCGACCUCAAGGCUGCGGGCAUCACCGUCCCGAAUGAGCUCGUCAACGACUGUGACCCCGGCGACAAGGCGUACAUCAACAACGCUACCGCUCUCCAGACCGAUACUGCCAACUACAUCGGCCAAGUCUGCACCAUGAAGAACUGCAGUGCUAUCAUCUCGGUCGGCGAUAACUUCUAUGACAGCGGUGUUGAUUUCACCACCGGAGGCAUCCUGCGCUUCGAAGAGGCGUGGGUGAACAUGUAUGCCCAAGGCGUCUUCCGCGACAUGCCCUGGUACCAGUGUCUCGGCAACCACGAUGUCGUCAAGGGCCAGGCUGGUGUAGACUUUGAGACCAAGAUCCUGCCCUACUACGACGAUAGGUGGAACUUUGGUACUUCCGGUCUUCCCUACUGGACUUAUCACCUCGUUGGCUCUAACUGGACAGCGACUUUCGUCGUCGUCGACUCGGACUGCUUCCUUUCUUCCUACCAGAAGAACACCUCCGUCUACUAUAACGAGUACACGAUCGGCUGCCACAAGAACACAUCUGUCCAGGUUGACUUCUUGAACCAGACGUUCUCGAACUCGAAGGCGGACUGGAAGUUCUUGCAGCUGCACCACCCGUACAUGUCUUCCGCAACCAACCAGACCGAUCUCGCACCCCUCAUCCAAAUCGUCGAGGCUCACAAGGGCAUCGUCCUGAACGGACACGACCACUGUCUUGGUCACUACUAUAACAACAACACCAACUUCAUCCUCAGCGGUGCGGCUGGGUAUCCUCAGGGUGGCGACUGCAACAACGGUAUUCCUCUUGGUCCCUUCACCAAGUUCCUGGCCGCGAACAACAACACUGGUGCCAAUGGCCUGGUCACCAUGGACAUCAGCUCCACCUCGGUCAAUGUUGAAUACUACGUCCGCGAUAUGCUGUUCAUCAACGGUGACCUCUACCCGGUCGCGCACGAUCUCAUGCCAUCCUACAAGUUCCAGAUCACCCAAAAGUCUAUUUAG